CUUGCAACGUCGACUCUGAUUAGCGAAUCUCAACUACUCCCAAGUCGCAACCAAUCGUCUCUCUCACGCAGAAUCAUAGAGCAGGAACUUCUCUGGCUUAGCAAUUGAAGAACAAACCACAGUUGCUCUCUUCUUCUUCUUCUUCUUCUUUGUUUCUGGUUUGAUUUGUUGAAGAAGGAGAGACGAGCAAAGCAGGGGAAAUGAUGAAUUGCGUCUACAAGAACCCAAAUGAAUCCGUGGAGGCUCGAGUCCAAGACCUUCUCUCUCGAAUGACCCUCAAAGAUAAGAUCUACCAAAUGACCCAGAUUGAGUGCAGAGUUGCCACUCCCUCUAACAUUAAAAACCUCGGCUUUGGGAGUAUACUAAGUGGAGGAGGGAGUGGGCCAUUUGAGAAGGCGGAGUCAUCUGAUUGGGCGGAUAUGAUUGAUGGGUUUCAAGUGUCAGCGUUAAAGUCACGGCUUGGGAUACCGAUUAUUUAUGGGGUUGAUGCAGUUCAUGGCAACAACAAUGUUUAUGGUGCCACCAUUUUCCCUCAAAAUGUUGGCCUUGGAGCCACCGGAGAUGCAGACUUGGUUCAGAGGAUCGGGGUUGCAACGGCUCUUGAAGUUAGGGCAAGCGGUGCUCCGUGGACUUUUGCUCCAUGUGUGGCUGUGUGCAGUGAUCCAAGAUGGGGACGAUGCUAUGAAAGCUAUAGCGAAGAUACUGAAGUUGUUAAGAAGAUGGCAUGCAUUGUGACAGGUUUGCAGGGACAGCCACCUGAAGGACACCCAAAUGGCUAUCCUUUUGUAGCUGGAAGAAAAAACGUUAUCGCUUGUGCCAAGCAUUUUGCUGGAGAUGGGGGUACUGAUAGAGGAAUAAAUGAGGGAAAUACCAUUGUCUCAUAUGAUGAUUUAGAGAGGAUCCAUAUAUCACCUUAUGUGGACUGUAUUUCUCAGGGAGUUUCUACGGUUAUGGCAUCAUAUAAUAGUUGGAAUGACAGUAAACUACAUACUGAUCGUUUUCUCUUGACAGAAGUUCUGAAAGAUAAGCUAGGUUUUAAGGGUUUUGUUGUUUCUGACUGGGAAGGAGUUGACAGAAUAACCGAACCUCAAGGCUCAAACUACCGUAACUCUGUUGCUGCUGCUGUUAAUGCAGGAAUUGACAUGGUGAUGGUGCCUUUCAAAUACGAACAAUUUGUGGAGGAUUUGACAUUUGAGGUAGAAUCAGGGGAGGUACCAAUUUCUAGGAUUGAUGAUGCUGUCGAACGAAUACUGAGGGUGAAGUUUGUUUCUGGUAUUUUUGAACAUCCCUUCACCGAUAGAUCUUUGCUAGAUAUUGUUGGUUGCAAGGAGCACAGAGACCUAGCCCGAGAAGCAGUUCGCAAGUCCUUAGUCUUGCUAAAGAAUGGAAAAAGCCCACAUGAACCUUUUCUUCCCUUAGAUAAAAAUGCUACGAAAAUUCUAGUAGUUGGAACACAUGCUGAUAAUCUGGGAUAUCAGUGUGGAGGGUGGACAGCUACUUGGUUUGGAGGCAGCGGAAGGAUUACAGUCGGCUCAACACUCUUGGAUGCUGUUAAAGGAGCAGUGGGAGACAAGACAGAGAUAAUCUAUGAACAAAAUCCAUCAAAAGAAACAUUAAGGCGUCAAGAUUUUUCCUUUGCCAUUGUAGCUGUUGGCGAACCUCCGUAUGCAGAAACCUUGGGCGAUAAUUCAGAGCUUGUGAUCCCUUUUGAUGGAAGUGAAGUAAUAAGUUUGGUUGCUGACAGAAUCCCCACUUUAGCAAUCUUGAUCUCUGGGAGACCUUUAGUUCUGGAGCCACAGGUAUUGGAAAAAGUAGAUGCUCUGAUUGCAGCUUGGUUGCCAGGGAGCGAAGGAGAGGGAAUAACUGAUGUUAUCUUCGGAGAUUAUGACUUCACGGGUAAACUACCAGUCUCAUGGUUCAGAAAGGUUGAACAGCUGCCAAUGAACGCGAAAGCUAAUUCAUAUGACCCUUUGUUUCCUCUUGGUUUCGGGUUGACAUGCAAGAGGAAGCUUUUAACCUAAUGGUUUCGAGGAUCUCAUCAUGCCAAGAGCAUAAAAAUAAGUUUGUAAGUUGGAUUCCGUGUCAUGGAUCAGAAGACAGAAACUUGCAGUGUAGGAUAUGCUCAAAACUAGAUUCAUUAUUUACAAGAAGUGUUAAUACAUUCAUCAUGGCAUACAUUAUUUUUCUGCCAUUUUCUCUCAGCUUCGUCUGGUCUCCAGAGUUUCAAAAUAAUGGAAAAACCUCCAUUAGAUCUUAAUAGCUCUAUUCAUGUC